AUGGCGAGGCGCUCCGGAGGCCUGAGGCCUUCGGUAUAUCUUUCGUUCAAGGCCGCGCGGAAGAAGCCUGGCGAGCUGCUCGAUCGGGCCGACACGAACCGCUCGGAGGAGCGCGACACCCUCAGCCGCGACCUAGGGCUGGCCGUCGACGAAUAUCUCGCUACGACGGGCGAACACUUCCACGACGCCUUCCACCCGAUUCGCCAGGCGCGGAAUUUUUUCGGCUUUAGCUCCGCCUCGCUCUCGGGCCGCGGUGACGAGGGCGCUGCCGAAGAUGCGACCGACGUCAAGCCCGGCGGCGCCAAGCGCAAGGCGGCGCCAGCGGCCAAGGGCAAGGCGACGCCGGCGGCCAAGCGCAAGGCGGCGCCAGCGGCCAAGGGCAAGGCGACGCCGGCGGCCAAGGGCAAGGCGACGCCGGCGGCCAAGGGCAAGGCGACGCCGGCGGCCAAGGGCAAGGCGACGCCGGCGGCCAAGCGCAAGGCGACGCCGGCGGCCAAGGGCAAGGCGACGCCGGCGGCCAAGGGCAAGGCGACGCCGGCGGCCAAGGGGGCGCCCGCGCCGGAGGCCAAGGACGGCAAAGCGGCCAAGGGCGGGAAUCCCACCGGGGCGAAGGCCGAGGCCGACGCGGAAGCCGAGGCCGAGGCCAAGGCAGCCGCGGAAGCGAGGAAAAAGGUCUUCCCCACGGUCGGGUCUCCCGUCGCGGCGGCGUCUCGACCCGCCGCUGCGCGUCCUCGACGGACUGGCACGGCCGCGCUCGCCGUGCCCGACGCGCCGACGGCCGUCGUCCUCGGCGAGGCCUACGACGCCGCGUCCCUCAGCGUCGCCUGGCAGCCGCCGUUCCUCGACGGCGGCGCGACGAUCUCCGCCUACCGCGUCGAGAUCGACAGCUCCGCGGGCUUCGACUUCCACGGCGACGACUACCGCGUCGACGAGGUCGCCUUCGUCCACGAGGUCCAGACGGUGACGACGCACUUCCGCGCGGCCGAGUCGCAGCGCCGGGGCACGUUCACGCUGUCCUGGGGCGGCAAGACGACGGCCCACCUCGACCACGACGCGUCCGCCGACGAGGUCGCCGACGCCGUGAGCCGCCUCACGGGCGUCUGGGACGUCGGCGUGCCGCCGGUCCGCGUCACGCGGUCGCGCGCCGCGCGCGGCUACGCGUGGCGCGUCCAGUUCGUCGGCGUCUACGGCAACGUCGGCCUCCUCACGGCCGACGACUCCUACCUCAUCGGCGACGACGCGCGCAUCGAGGUCGAGGAGGUCACGGAGGGCUACUGCGACGUCGUGUCCGGCGGCUUCUCCUACGAGGUGCAGACGGUCCAGGUCGACGCGCUCUCGACCGUGUCGGGCUCCUUCAAGCUCAGCUUCGAGGGCCAGGAGACGGCGUCCAUCGCCGUCGACGCGUCCGCGAUCGAGUUCAAGUACGCGCUCGAGGCCCUCGACACCAUCUUCACGGCCAACGUCGUCGCCGAGGACUACGAGCCGUCCAAGGGGCCCCGCCUCUGGACGGUCACCUACACGCACCAGGCGCACACGCUCACGCAGGGCGCCCAGGACGCGUCGCUCAUGGUCUCCGACACCGCGGACCUGUCGCCGUCGUCGACGGCCGAGGUCGUCAUCACGGAGCGCAUCAAGGGCGCCGACGCCUUCCGCUACGCCUUCGACGGCCUCGACGCGGGCAAGGAGUACUUCGCGCGCGUCACGGCCUACAACUCCGCGGGCUACGGCCCCGUGUCGUCCGUCGCGACGGCGACGCCGCGCACGCAGCCGGGCCUCCCGGGCACCGUCGCCGUCGCCGUCGCCUCCGGCACGUCCCUCGACGUGACCUGGACGCCGCCGAACGACGACGGCGGCGCGCCGGUCCUCGGCUACGACAUCGAGUGGUACUCCGAGGAGACCCAGGACGAGGUGCAGGUCGUGACGCUCUCCGCGUCCGACGGCGUCGCGGAGAUCCAGUCCGUCACGACCGAGGCCGACACGGACGGCCUCAGCGGCUACUUCACCCUCGAGCUCCGGGGCGAGACGACGGAGAUCAUCUCCGUCGACGCGCCCGCCGAGGGCGAGGGGUCCGUGAAGACGGCCCUCGAGCGCCUCAGCUCGUCCGGCGAGAUCGAGGUCUCGCGCGACUACAGCUCGCGCGUCGUCCGCGGCGUCUCCGUUGCCGCCGGCGAGGGCAAGGGCUUCAUCGAGGUCAGCAAGGGCGCCUUCCACCAGACGGGCUCGAGUCGCCUCGACCAGAACGACCUCGUCUUCGUCGCCGGCGAGCAGUUCCGCGUGCGCCAGAUCGACUACGGCGCGGGCCGCCUCGAGCUCGGCUCGCUCGACGACUUCACGACGCCCGCGUACUUCGCGGGCGCCAACGUCACCGACGCGCCGCUGACGACCUGGGCCUUCGGCUACGAGUGGACCGUGACCUUCGCGGGCCUCGUCGGCGAGCAGCCGCUCCUCGUCGCCAAGGAGGCGGACCUCUGGGCGGGCACGUCGCCCGUCCUCAAGGUCGAGCGCGUCCGCUUCGGCCAGGCGCCGCUCAAGGGCACCUUCGCGCUCGGCUUCGAGGGCGACGCGACGCCGCCGCUCUCGCACGACGCGACCGCGGCGGACGUCGAGGCCGCGCUCGAGCAGCUCUCGACGAUCACCGACGUCGUCGUCGCGCGCACGGUCAACAACAACGGCUACAACUACGAGGUCGCCUUCGGCCACCCGCGCGGCGACGUCUCGACCAUGUACGCCCUCGACGACAUGCUCACGGGCCCCGACGCCGCCGCGCGCGUCGCGACGUUCACGCACGGCAAGGACCCGGACCACUACGCCGUCGGCGACACGCCCGAGGUCCAGGCCUUCGGCUUCUACCUGCUCCAGGCGGACACGAACCAGGGCUCGCUCGAGGCGACGAUGGACGCGCUCGACGCGGACCUCGCGAGCGUCGUCCCGACGUUCGACAUCUCGUGGGACAUCACGGACUGCGGCUCCGCCGAGGGCGUCAACUUCUGCCAGCUCGGCGUCGACGAGGACAGCGCCAUCGGCACCAUCUCCUGCGACAGCGACCCGACGAACGACUGCAUCGCGGCCUCCAUCGACCUCUACGACUCGUCGAACGCGCUCAUGUCGACGGCCGACAUGGAGACGGCGCUCAACGCCAUGUCCUACUCGGGCACGCAGUUCAUGAUCGACGCCGACGGCGUCGGCGUCAACGUGACGCGCACGCGCGAGAUCGUCGGCGACGUCCAGGCCGGCGACGGCUCCGGCACGUCCUGCGCGUCGUGCACGGGCGUCUACCACGUCGAGUACCGCGUCACCUUCACGGGCCGCCACCACCGCGGCAACGUGCCGUCGAUCGCGCUCACGACGUCCUCCGCGCUCUCGACGUACUCGUCGACGUACGGCGGCUACACGGCCGUCUCGGGCUCGGACACGAUCGGCUACCUCAGCUCCUGCUGCGAUUCCACGUGCUCCUCGAGCUGCCCCGACGAGCUCGGCCCCGUGUACCUGGACGACCAGGUCGCCUACUCGAUCCUCGAGGGCAACCAGCCCGACGGCUCCAUCAAGCUCGAGUACGAGUGCGAGGCGCGCACGUCGCCGCUCGACAGCGCGGCCGUGACCUACGGGUCCACGUCCGCGCUCCUCAACGGCGCCCAGGUCACCGUCAAAAAGGGCGACUGGGUCCGCCUCGGCACGACGUCCGACUCCUACUACGAGGUCGACAAGGUCUACGGCGACGGCUCGUACCAGGCGAACGUCUCCUUCGCGACGGCGUACGCCGGGUCCACGGCCGUGCUCACGGACGCCGAGGUCGGCGUCUUCUACAGCGACCCCUCGUCCGACGACGGCGUCUCCUCGGCCUGCGCGACGUCGCGCGUGCGGUCCACGGACGUCAUCAACGUCGACGCGUCCGCGGCGACGUGGUCCUCGACGCUCCGCUCCGUCGCGACGAUCGAGUCCGCGUCGGACUACCUCGUCGUCACCGCGGCCAAGCCCCUCCCGGGCAACGGCAGCUACGUCGGCCUCUACGUCGACGUCGAGUUCCUCGCGCAGCACGGCGACCUCAAGCCCAUGGUCUGCGACACGUCCUACCUGACGGCGUCGUCCGACGCGACGAGCGCGUACUGCAACGUCACGACGCUCCAGGACGGCUCCCUCGCCGACGGCGACUUCUCGCUCACGACCUACUGGCCCAACGAGCGCGUCGCCAAGCCGAGCCCCUUCAACGCGACGGGCCUCCGCUGGAACUCGCCGUCGGACACGAUGGACGCGGUCAUGGAGCGCGUCGGCGCGGGCGACGGCGUCAGCCUCGCCUUCGGCCUCGGCACGACGCCCGCGGUGGUCAACGAGGUCCUGCGCACGGGCUCGACGCCCUUCAGCGGCACGUUCUCCGUCGCCUUCAACGGCGCCAAGACGGAGGAGAUGGAGUGGCAGGAGGCCGCGGACGAGGUCGAGUACGUCAUCGAGAAGCUCGACACCAUCGGCGACAAGGUCCAGCUCGAAUUCGAGCGGCCGCUGUCCGACGGCGGCACGAACCUCAGCCACUACCUCAUCGAGUACGACACCUCCGACACGUUCUCGAGCCCGAAGGUCUUCGACGUCUCGGCGUCCGAGGUCGAGGCCGCGGCCCUCUACGAGGACGGGCCGUCGGUCGUCUACGCGACGGGCCUGAGCGCGGGCACGCUCUACUACGUGCGCGUCGCCGCCGUCAACACCGUCGGCACCAGCGCCUGGGUGGCGGCGUCGAACCCGACGGCCCCCGCGGCCGCGCCGGACCGCGUCACGUUCUCUUCGACCGACGAGCGGUCCGUCCCCGACGGCGUCGCGGGCGUCUCCGGCGAGGGGCCCGGCCCCUCGAAGAAGCAGUGCGGCCCGACGACGCGCUCCGCGACGCGCGACGCGCGCGACGCGCCCGCGGCGCCCGCGAGCGUCGACGACGUCGCGGCCGGCGACAGCGACGAGGAGGAGCUUCCGGAGCUAGACCUGCUCGCGCGCCUGUCCACGGUGCAGCGCGCGCGCCUCGAGGCGCUCCAGGGCGACGGCGGGGUCACGAUCUGGUCGUUCGCGUACGCCGUCGGCUACAAAGCCAGCGCGGCGGCCGUAGGCCGGAUCCGCGCGAUGCUCCGCGCGGUCUGCUACGACGACGGCGACGACGACGCGGCGAUUGCGUCGUUGGCCGCGGACAUCGGUCUCGAGUGCGACCUCAAGGUCCGCACGCGCAAGGCGACGCGCGAGAUGAUCGACGCGCUGAUUAAAAUCUGGUCCCGCGUCCUCACGCUCGGCGGCGAUACGGUCCUGCCGCGGGCACUGCGCUGGGCCCUGGCCGUCGUCAUGCUCGACAAGAUCGACCUCGCGGGCGAGGAGGUCGACGGCGAGCCGCAGCUCGUCGGCCUCCUCCGCGUCCUCGCGGCCGCGGGCAUCGUCGAGCAGGACCCGGACGACGCGUCGGUCAUCGGCCCCGGCCCCGCGUGGCGCGAGUACGCCGGCGAGCUCAACGGCAACGCGCGGCUGCCGCAACUCGCGGACUUCGUCGGGAUUCUGAUGGAGAUGCGGCUGCUCCGGGGCGUCCCCUGCCCGGGCUGCCUCUGCGCGUCGUGCCACCAGGGCGUGAACGACGUGAUGACGCUCGUCGCGAGGCUCCCGGCCAUCAAGGCCGCGUUCCCGGAGUUGGGCUUCAAGAGCGAGGCGGAGAUCCUCAAGGCCCACGGCGUGCCCGCGACCUACUCCUACGAGCCCGCGGACUCGGAGAAGUACCCGACCAUGCCCCUCAACGUGCUCUCGUUCGUCACGCAGCGGAAGAUCUUCGGCGAGGUCGCGAGCGGCGCGCGGCCGCGGAUCGGCGUGAAGAUCAUGGACUCGGCCACGGGCAAGUUCGACGGCAAGGUCUGGGUCCUCACGGCCGCCGACGUGCGCAACUGUUCCUCGCGCAAGCACGACGGCUACUCGGCGGAGGUGCUCGACCUCUUCGCCGCGGCCGCCUACAACGCGACGGGCGUCCGCUACGAGCUCCGCGAGGGCGUCAAGAAGGGCGGCGUGUACACAAUGAAUGUGGGCGUCGGGCCGUCGACCCGCGCCGUCCGAACGUUCUUCCAGCCGCGGAUCAAGCUCUACUCGGACCGCAACGACACGAUCUCGGGGACCGUCGUCCUCGGGACGGAGUUCAAGAUCGUCGAGCUCGACGACGACGGCGAGGAGGGCGCGACGCUGCUCGAGAAGGGCGUCGUCCCCAAGCCGACGGCCGAGGCCAUCGCCGGCGCCAAGGCCGCCUUCGCGCGCGACGCGGCCGCGCUGCGCAAGGCGCGGGGCCUGCCCACCGCGGAGGAGAAGGAGCGCGCGCGCGCCGCGAAGAAGGCGAAGAAGCCCAAGGCCGCGAAGCCCAAGGCCGCGAAGCCCAAGGCCGCGAAGGCGAAGCGCAAGGCCGCGAAGCCCAAGGCCGCGCCGGUCGCGCCGACGGUCAUCCACCCGGGCGUCGUCAUCGCGUUCGAGCUCGGUGGGGUCUGGUACCGCGCCCGCAUCCCCGCGGGCGCCGUCGAGGGCGAGGUCGCCAUGAUCCCGUUCUCCGCGCUCACGCGCGUCCCGGGCCGGUAG